GCCGUCGAGGAGGAGAAGGAAGGCGCCCGUGAGGAACGUGACCGUUGAGUAUUGAGCAGUCGGCGGCUGCGCGCCUAAUUGUCUCCACACCUCGGGCGGACGGAGAUCAGUUUGCUGUUGAGACGCCGCCCCGUCGAGAUGCAGAGGACGCAGCUGAGCAUCGCCGUAGCCUUGGUCCUGUGCGCCACUUGCUGUCACGGCUAUGUUGCCGUAGCGCCGGCAACCAUGGACGGAGACAACUGCCUCUACGAGCAGCUCAAGAUCAAGAACAACGAGACGUUGCACAGCGAGCAGCCGUGCGAGUCCUUCCACUGCGACGCCCAUCGCAAGGUGGUCUACGUCGAAGGGUGCAUCGCUGUCGGCCUGCCACAUGCCGGCUGUCACGUGACACAUGGAACAGGGGCAUUCCCGGCCUGCUGCGAAAAGAUCGUCUGUCACCCGCAUCAGCAGUCGGCGCAAGAUUCUGCUCAAGUCAAUCCUGCCGCGAAGCACACUUGAUUCGCAUCUCCAUAGCUUGCCUUUUCUCUCCGAAAGAGUGACACUUACACUUCUGAAUGACUCAUUUAAGAUGUACUAACUCAUGCAUAUAUUUGAGACAGGAAAUAAAUGAAAGUAUGGCUUUUUUACCGGGGCAUGGUUUAC